AAGUGAAAUUGAACCAGGGCCAUUUCCUUGCCUGCGCGCGCGCGCCCAGGCUGCUCGCUGCGCUGCCCUCAGACCCGACCCCCGACCCCGGGGGUGCAGUGCGUCCGCCGGAGGGGGCCGGCCCACCUGGGGAGUGUCACCGGCACCGCUCCAGGUCAUGCGUCGGGGGCGCCAUGGACCCCAGGAAACCGAGCAGGCCCCCAAAACCAAAUCUCGAGCGCCCGGGGUGGCCUGCCCAGCCGUCUGUGUGCCCGUUUCCCCUUUCACCGCCAUCCUGAGGGCGCAUCGCAGACGCCGAGGUGGCGCCGAGGCCGCUUCCUGGCCCUUGGCUCCUGGGCAUUUCGAGGGGCUCCCCCUCCACAGACACCCCUCGCAUCCGGCUCAAGGCUGUGAGCUCCGCAGGCUUGGACAGCAGCAGCCAGGGCCGAGGGCCUACCCGAACAGCUUCCAGCUCCAGCAAGUGGAGUUUCUCAGGGGGCGGCUCCCGGCCGUGCCCCUCACUGGGAAGCAGCGGCCUCCGCUCCUGCCGCUGCCGCUGCCGCCGCCGCCGCCGCCGCCACCGCCGCAGCCACCCAGCCUUGUGUUCUGGCCAUUUCCAGCACCACCCGCCAGCAGCAGGGAAGCCGAGACCGAGGGCGUCCCCAGGGGCGUGCCUCCCACAAGUCAGGUGCUCCAGAGAGGGUCCCGGGGUCCUGCCCCGGGCGGCCGGGUUCGGCCGGGAAGAGGCAUCGACAGGCUUUCCUCCCGUCUCCAGGCUCUAGAGAUCAGCCAGGACCAGGAGCAGGCGGUCCUGGAGCUCUUGCGGGGCCUGGGGGCUGGGAAGGCGGCCACAGCGCAGCAUCUGGCCCGGAAGCUUGGGGUCCCAAAGAAGGAGGUCAACCGAGUCCUGUACUCCCUGGCGAAGAGGGGUGAGCUGUGCCAGGGUGCCGGGACGCCCCCUCUGUGGAGCAUCGCAUCCGCCUCCUCGGGGCAGGCCUGGCACCCGCACAGCCAAGCAGCCCACGCAGACCGUCCUCGCCAGGAAGCUGGGGGCUUGGAGCCGGCGUUGCACCCCGCAGACGGAGGCUCCGAGUUGGAGUCGGAAGCCCCCGCUGAGCCGGCGGACAUGGCCGAGAUCAGAGAGAAGGUCUGUGACUACCUGCUGCAUGCGUGCAGCGCCUCCGCCCUGAACUUGGCCAAAAACAUCGGCCUCAGCAAGGCCCGGGACGUCAGCGCCGUGCUGCUCGACCUGGAGAGGCAGGGGGACGUGUGCCGGCAGGGGACCACCCCCCCGGUGUGGCGCCUGACCGACCGGAAGCGGGAGCGCAUGCAGACCAAGGGAGACCCGGGCGGCGUGCCACCCGAGCCCACUGCGGCCAACCCCGUCCCCGUCCCCGACCCCGGGCUCGGGCAGGGCGGGGGCCGGGCGGUGGGGAGGCCCUCGCUCAGCCCUGCUCUCCCGUCCCACAGGUUCCAGUACUGCGUGGCCAUGGGGGCCCACACCUUCCCCACGGCGAGCGCGCCCAGCAAGAGGGCAGCCAAGCACAUGGCUGCAGAGGAGGCCAUGAGGGCCCUGCACGCGGAGGCCACCAGCUCGGCGCCAGCCGACCCCCAGCCUGGGGGCGCCGGCGCAGAACCGUUCGAUGCCCUGGAGGCCGGGGUGCCCAGCAAGGUCAGGAGGGUCAGCGAGCUCGUCAGGUACCUGAACACCAACCCCGUGGGCGGCCUGCUGGAGUACGCUCGCUCCCACGGCUUCGCGGCCGAGUUCAAGCUGGUUGACCAGUCCGGGCCCCCGCAUGAGCCCAAGUUCGUGUACCAGGCCAAGGUCGGGGGUCGCUGGUUCCCGGCCGUGUGCGCCCACAGCAAGAAGCAAGGCAAGCAGGAGGCGGCCGACGCGGCUCUCCGCGUCCUGAUUGGGGAGGACGAGAAGGCCGAGCGCAUGGGUUUCACAGAGCUCCCCCUGACGGGCAGCACGUUCCACGACCAGAUCGCCAUGCUGAGCCACCGCUGCUUCAACGCCCUCACCAACAGCUUCCAGCCCUCCUUGCUCGGCCGCAAGAUCCUGGCCGCCGUCAUCAUGAAGAAGGCCUCCGACGACCUGGGGGUCGUGGUCAGCUUGGGGACAGGGAACCGCUGUGUGAAGGGCGACUCCCUCAGCCUGAAGGGGGAGACCGUCAACGACUGCCACGCAGAGAUCAUCUCCCGGAGAGGUUUCAUCAGGUUCCUCUACAGCGAGCUGAUGAAGUACAACCCGCAGACCGCGAAGGACAGCAUCUUCGAGCCCGCGAAGGGAGGAGAGAAGCUCCAGAUCAAGAAGACCGUGUCCUUCCACCUGUACAUCAGCACAGCCCCGUGUGGGGACGGUGCCCUCUUUGACAAGUCCUGCAGCGACCGGGCCGUGGAGAGCACCGAGUCCCGCCACUACCCUGUCUUCGAGAACCCCAAGCAGGGCAAGCUGCGCACCAAGGUGGAGAACGGGGAAGGCACAAUCCCGGUGGAAUCCAGUGACAUCGUGCCCACGUGGGACGGCAUUCGGCUCGGGGAGCGACUCCGGACCAUGUCCUGCAGCGACAAGAUCCUGCGCUGGAACGUGCUUGGCCUGCAGGGGGCGCUGCUGACGCACUUCCUGCAGCCCGUGUAUCUCAAGUCCGUCACCCUGGGCUAUCUGUUCAGCCAAGGGCAUCUGACUCGUGCCAUCUGCUGCCGUGUGACAAGGGACGGGAGUGCCUUCGAGGACGGACUGCGGCCCCCCUUUAUCGUCAACCACCCCAAGGUUGGCCGAGUCAGCGUGUACGACUCCAAGAGGCAGUCCGGGAAGACGAAAGAGACCAGUGUCAACUGGUGCCUGGCUGACGGCUACGAGCUGGAGAUCCUGGACGGGACCAGAGGCACCGUGGACGGGCCUCGGAACGAGCUUUCCCGGGUCUCCAAAAAGAGCAUUUUUCUCCUGUUUAAGAAACUCUGCUCCUUCCGGUACCGCAGGGAUCUCCUCAGACUCUCGUACGGGGAGGCCAAGAAGGCCGCCCGUGACUACGAGGUGGCCAAGAACUACUUCAAGAAGGGCCUGAGGGACAUGGGCUACGGGAACUGGAUCAGCAAGCCGCAGGAGGAGAAGAACUUCUACCUCUGCCCCGUGUAGCGGGGCGCCGGGCGGGGGCACGCCUGGGCCGGGCUCCUGCCUGCCCCGCCUCUGUAGGGUGCCCACCCGCCCCUGCCCUGCCUGCAGGGGCGGGGGGAGGCGCGUCUUCUCUUCCCACAGCCCACGGCCUGCUCAGCCCCACUUGGCGUCCCGCGGCCCCUCCCUGUGUUGCAUCGAGCUCUGAGUCCCGGCAGGGCUGGGGCUCCGCCCCCAUCCGUAAGCCCCUCCCCCACUGCCCUGUGUGGUCCCUCCUCCUCCUCGUGGAGUUCCUCCUUCUCCCAGAGGGUACUAGGUGAACUUCGCUGGGUGAAACAUCUGGAAGUCAGGUGGUCCCCGAGCCUUCCUUCAGUCUUGCACUUUAGCCGGCAGCGGGGCGGGGCGGCCCAGGGCGGCCCAGUCGGCGCAGAGGGCCCUGGGGGCGGCACCAACCACCCCAGGGGGCGCGGACCUGCCUGGCCAGGCCGCAGGUGGCCUCCCAGAGCAUUCCUGGGGGUCUGUCCUGCCAGCAGGGGACAGCAGGGCCACAGAGCCCGAGCCACUGGCGGGAGGCGUCCUAGGUGGCAGGUCCUCUCCACCCAGAUAAUCAGGACUUAGGGCACAAGGUCACGGUGGGUCGGACCACUGUACCGCUAGCGUUUCUCGUGACAGCGGCGCCAAGGGAAGCUGACAGAGUCGUGGGUAAAUUGUCAUAAAUGUGGAUUCUUAAUUGCUGCAGAUAACCUGUGAUUGCACAGAUUUAAAAAUCAGACGUAACUUUCCAUUGACCCAAGUGCUGUCUGAGGUGGCUUUGGGAGGGCGGCUCACGGGCCUGAAUCUUCUUGCCCGUUAGGGGGUCAUUGGAGGGUCAGCGCUUGACAGGAGUCGUAGGGGCACAGCGGCUGGUCCAGAGCCCUGCAAGGCGGGGCCUGGUCUGCACCUCGAGCGGGUGUCGACUCCCGGGUCCCAGCUCCGGUCUGGGGAGCCAUCUCGAGCCCGAGCCCAGGAUGUGCUUAAAGGCCGGUGCCCACCCUGCCCCCCAGACCUGAGCCUGCCUCCAGGUGGGGGCUGUGUGUGGCCGAGAAGGCCCCACGCCGGCGCCCCGAGAUGCCUGCCCUCCCCCAUGCCCCCCACUACUGCCGAGGCGGCCCGACCACCCCCUCCUUCGGCACCGGAUACGCCCAUGUUCACACUUCUGUUCUCGUGGCUACUGUUCCCUCUGUGCUUUUGACCAAAAAUUGACCAAAAUAAACAAAACCCAAGUUUCUAAAGUACA